AUGUGGAACAUCUCUGCCUGGCUCGACGAAAUUGAACCGCAGACCCCUUUGGGAGCGCAAGGCACCAAGAAGCGAAAACGCGACCGCGAGACCACCCCUACGGAGAAGCGCCCGCGGCUCGCGCCAAUGGACGCCAACAUCAGCACCGGGACACGCGCCUCCGCCGCCGCCCGGCGAAGUAGUCCACGAAAACAAACGGGGCUGAUAUCGAUCUUCGAGGACGAUGACGUUCGCCUUCCUUCGACACCUCGCGUGCGACCGGCGGGACUUGGAGAGGGGAAUACACGGUGGAACGCGUCGUCGUCUGCCGCCGCAGCGUCGGCAGGGGAAGAGGCGCACGCCGUAGCGAUGCUUGGAGGUGAGGAUGGGGAGCAAACACCGCGGAAAAAUGCACCCCGCCGUGCAGAACAAGAGCAAACACCGCGAAACAACGCGCGCCGCCCUACAGAACGAUUUCAACCACACUUCCGUCCGCCGCACAUGUCAGAGUCUGCUUCACAGUCGAGCAGAAGCUCCGCCGGGAGAUCCAAGAGUCCGGUCAAGGAUAUGGUGGACUUGCAGAUGGCCGAUGCGCCUAUUCGCCAGUACGCUCGCCGCGAUACGCCGCUUCCUAGAUGUGUUUAUCCACUGCUUGAAAGGCUUGAAGACUUUGCCGAUGGCAAUGGAGUUGUGCCCGCCAUAGCAAAGGAGGCGACAAAACGUGAAGUCACUAGAUUUUUUGAUCGUUGGGUGGCCGAAACUCCCGAUCCAAGCGAUGAGCGCGAUCUAGUGGACCUGCUGGACAUCGUCGAGUAUGCGCAGAGCCUGGAAGGGUACAAUCAAGCCGAGGCCGCUUGGAAUUCUGAAGCACAUUCGCCUAUCUUGCGAGUGGCUCUGAGAAGCUUCCCUGGUCGAGUCACCCACUACAACGUAACCCAAGCUCGGCCUAUACCGGAAUUCCUUCCCACUCGAGGGCCGAGAAUUACUGAAGCCCGUUUGGUAGACUACGCUGUCUCCAUCACACCAACCCCAGAUGAGGAUAGAGACAUUAAUCACCUCCUCCGGAGAGAGCCAGACUGCAGGGCGACCAUCAGUCAGAGCCGAGCGACAGCUCUCCGCACCCACCCUAUCGCUAUCUCCAUCGAGACCAAGGCAGAUUCUGGCACUACCGGUGAAGCAAAGAACCAACUCGGUGUCUGGGCAUAUGCACACUUCGAGCGCAUGCGGACACUGCUUGGCCUGGAAGAAGAUGUCCCACCAGGCGAGGAAAGCAUUAUGGCAGUUCAUCCUAUCAUCUACGUGCAGCAGCAUGACUGGAUCAUGGCGCUUGUAGUUGCUCGAAAGGCUGGGACCGAGUUCGCUGAGAUUGAUCUCAAGCUACGCAUUGGUGGGACGGGAUCGUUGUUAGAGUUGUGGAAGCUAAGGGCUUCGUUGAGGUGUUUGGGGCAAUGGGCCGAGGAGAAAUAUUGGCCUACAUUGUACAAGAGGAUUAGGGCGACGUUGGAAAACCUAGGCGACGUGUAA